AGAUGACCCAUGGCAAGACUCUUAGCGGGCGUUCUGGCCAACCUCGAUGACGAACCGUCAUCUCGGGGUGGGCAUGCUCGGGUUCGCAAGAGCGUCUUCUUGAAACAUUGUCGAAAUUUUGCACGUCGUGCUCGUGCCGCACAGCAAAUUGAACUCAGAUUGAGGACGGUCGCUGAUGAGUAUGUGGAGAACCAUGCGGUCCGCAAAUCUCAAGUCGCAUGGGCAUUGGGAUCUCAAUCAGUCAGAUCUGGUCACAAGGUGCUGAAGCGAUCUAAGACCAAUGUUUCUGGUAAGGGGCAAUACAGGGUCUGGACAGCACAGGCUAUGCUGCGUGUGACGCUUGGUCAAAGCUUCAUUGCUGCUUUCACGCCAAAGUUCCAGCACCACAGCUUGCAGAACAAGUCACCUACGAUGUGUUCAACUUCAUCGCUGGCUUUUUGGAUGUCGGCAUCGACAACCCAUAUCGGGAAAGUCAGAUCAGCUGUCUGCGAGCUGUUUUGUCAGCAGCUAGAAGCUCGCUGCAAGAAAUGUCAAGAUGCAAAACCAUUCAUGGUGUCCGUGAGCAUUGAGUUCGAUGCAUCUUCCUUCAAGACACGAGUCCGAAAAGGGAUGAUCGUAGCCGACGCAAAGUAUCAUGUACUGGUUCAACGUGGUGGACUGCUUGUUCAAUGGUCUGAAACCAGCAAGCAACUUCAGCACUCGAUGCUACCUAUAUGUCCAGCUGUACUUGAACAUGAAGACGCUGAGUCACUGUUCAAAGCUCUGCAAGACAAGCACCCAGUGGACUUAUUCAGCUGGUCAAAUGAAUCGACAAUCUUCCUCCUGAGACUUGUAUGCGACCGAGGGCCAGCCAAUCUCAAAACGAUAAGGCAAGGUAUUCUUCAGCAGAGACCGCGCAACUGUGUUGUCUUCUCGAAGACAUGUGACCAGCAUGCGCUCAACAACUCUUGCGAACCUUUGUGGAGGGGCAUGCGGAUUCUGCCUGACAUGUUCUACACAUCAGGGUACUUUGCCACUGGAAGCACCUACUUCAGCUUGCUGCGCAGUGCCGAAGCUUGGGUGUUUGCUGAAGGAACCGUGGAGGUUAUUUUUUCAGCGCCAGACCCUGCAUACCGUGCCAUGAACGAACUGCUGGUGCAACUUUCAUCUGGUGAGCAAAAUCGUGAUGCUGGAUCACUGUCGGAGCCAGCGGCUGAACUCUUGCGUGUAGACAAUGGUGAUUGGACACACCCAACCAAACUACAGCACUUUUGCGCAGGAGUGUUUUGUUGUCCGAAUGGGAUAAAAGAAACACGUGCCAAGCUAUGGUCAGCAAUUUUGGGAUACAUAUUUGGAGUGAAAGCUACGAUUCCUGCAUUGUCUCGCUGGACAACAUGCGGUAGCUCAUCCAGAUAUUAUUUGCGAGCCUUGGGAUAUCACAACAUUCUGUGGCAUGCGUUUCAGCUGAUGCAUCCAACCCAGAAGGUAAGGGCUUUGGAGAGGGAAUUUCAGGAAAGCGACGAGUCGAUGCCAACAUCGACGUUUCUGAAGGAAUCUGACUCGACAGACUUUUACAGAAAGGUGUUGAGGGUGAAGGCAUUCAAAGCAUUUCAGUUUCUACGGAAUGAACAUUCACUUUUCCAGUCAUUGCUUUGCACAAUUGUGAUGGGAAAGUUUGAACGGGUGAUGUACACAUUCAUGAAGUGGCAACGUGAUGACUUUGAACUAACUGAAUUUCCACCGCUUGUCCGAAUGUUGUAUCCAGAAGACUCACCCAUCACACAAGCCUUGGCAUCGAUCAAGCAACUGUUGACAAUUGGAUGCAUCAUUGCGACUUCUCCACUUACAUUUCAAGAUGUAAUGCAUCGACUUGCUCAUCAUCACACAAUACCGGAGAAUGUGUGGGAUUAUGCCUUUUGGCUCUCGGUGGCAGCUGUUGGGCAACUUUGGAGACGGUUUGUGUUCCCAUAUAGUUUGCCACCCCUUUGUCUGGGAAAACUAUGUGAUCAACGCAUCGACAUCACAGAAAAGGAAUCUUUGGCAUCAUGGUACUUCAGUUUGCCAACAUGUUGCAGGUCACAAAGUUUUUGUCAACCACUGUUGAAUCAUGCGCAAGAUUCAAAAGACUUACUGCCUGGUGCAAAACUAUCUGGAACUUUGGAGGCAUGUUUUCGCACACCGUGUGCCAACAUUCAGUGUGAAAAUAAUUUUGCGAGGGCACAAUCAGCGAAAUUGGCUACCCGGGGGAGAUCUGACCACUCGUCACAGCUCUGCGGCAAACACAUUUUGGCUGAGAUGAAAGCAUGCCAUUUGAAGGAUGCUAGGCGAACAGCAGCCAACGCAUAUUUUCCGAAAGAGGAGGAUGAUCAAGUUGAACCAAUUCAAGAUUGUCACCAAACUGAUGUGGGAACUUGUCAUUCUGAUGUGGGAACCAGCACAAAGCGAUUCAAUGGGUACACACUCUACUGGACAGAGAGAAUGUCAGAACGUUUACAACUUCCGGGCGAGACAGCUGACCAAUGCAGGCUUAGGGUGAUGGCUGAGAGUAAAGCCACUUGGAACUCGGAUCCAGCACUUCGUUCUGAGUACCGAUGCAAAGCACAAGAAACCAACAAAUCAAACAAAUCUCAGUUGGUAGUUGCAAGUCAAGCUGUGAAUGAUGGUGUGAUGGUGAACAGCAGGGUGGCACCAAUGAAAGAACUUUAUCUUCGGCCAGUGGUUCAAACAACAGCUUCUGCGGGGGUGGGACCUCUUGGAAUUGGUGAUUCAAGAUUUGGACUUUCAGUUCAACUUCUCGGUGACACAGUUGAUGCAACAAUGGGGUUUGUGAAAAAAUUCAACAAUGAAUGGCUCACACGAGCUGGAGGUACUGUUGUGUCGUCAACUGAUUCAUUUCAGACUCCGAUGAAGCUGUCAUGUUUUGAGGAAUUUGGAUUUUGCUGGAACACAUUGAACAGGGAGAACAGGGAGCGUUUCUUUCAGAUUGAAACACAUUUGUUGCGGUUCAUGCAAGACUUCAGAAAGAAAUUCAUUCACAACAAGAAGAACAAGGGACCCAACGCUGACAUCAAGCAUCCUCUACUCAUUGCUACAAAGGGGAACGAACUACAUAUCGACAUCUCGAAGGUGUGGCUUUUGUCGGCAUAUUCAUUCUCACCGUACAGCGCUGACUGGUGGGAUUGUCAAUUGGAAAUGAGAGAUUCUCAUUUGGUGGCUUCACCAAAGUGGUCUGGUAUGAUGCCAUGUAUUGUUACCCACAAACAGCUUGCAAAGGAUGUUGCUCUUGGUGCUAUCUGCAGUGGGGAUGACUGGGAAUGGACUAUUUGUUCUGAAUACACAGUUGACAGGACGGAGAUUGGACUGAUUCACCUUCAAACUCACGAAGAUGUUCAGUGGGAACCCAUCGCUGGUGAUGAUUACUUGAUCAACGCUUCCGACGAUGAAGAUGGUGAACAACAUGGUUCAUCUUCAACUGCACCCACCAAUUUGUUUCUUCGAACUGUGGGUAAGACUGGAUCAACGAGAACCACCAAUAGUAAGACUGUUGUUGGCCAGAGGAGAACAUAUGGACAACCAACAUCAUCAAGUCAUCACCAUGGAGCCAGUGGGGGUGACGCUGCCACAGCGAUACCCAUUGAUGAUGUUCACAAUCGAGAGGCAGAUGAUGUUAGGGUGUUUGAUGAACAUGGUGCUCAAGAUGAGGAUGAGCUGACUAGGGCAUGGAGAAUGUCUCAUGAAACUGACGAAGGCCAGCAUGUGCUAUCUUCAUCUCGACCUCGGCAACCUCACGGUCAGCAUCAGAAAGCAUCCGAAGCAGCAUCUGCAUCAGCACCACCCAGAGCGAACCAGGGAGAGGGUGGAAGUGUUGACUUUGUUCUUCCUGAUUGUGGACUACGUUGUGCAGCAGAUGGGCAUGUAUAUUCGGCUACAUUGCAUGCUCCACUAGGUCGUAUCACUGAAUGGAAAAAGAACAAGCCUGGCCAUAGUGUCUCUUUUGCUUGCAAAAUGCAUUCGAAAUGCAGGGUGGUAAAGUCGAUGGCAACUUUACCACACAACUUUCAGGCAAAUUCAAUGCGAUGGAUGGCAGCUGGAUUGGAGCUGACAUCGCGUUCUCAAGCCGAUGAACAUAUGAAGAUGUUUGAUACAGCAGUGAUGAGACCUGAACUUUAGACAAGCUGGGCCCUUUGACAAUGCAUACCUUUGGCAAUCGGCUAAAAAAA